AUGAAGAAAUCAAAUGGGUUAUUACAAUUAAAAAAAGUUUCAAUGAAUCACAAUCAAACAAAUUAAGAUUCAGAGUUUCUAUGGGAUAUUGAAAGAACAACAAGUUAUGAAAGUAGCCAAUUCAGAAGAUCAAUAGAUAUUACUUCAUAUAGAAGAACAUCUACAUCUUCAAAAGGAGAUAAUUCUAUCAGUCCUAAUUUAUAAAGAAGAAAUUCUUUUGUAACAUUUGAAUCAAAUGAUUCUUCUUUGUCUAUCAGUUAAAUUAAAAAUAUUAAAGAGUAAUUCAACAUAAUAAGCUUAGUCCUAUAAAACAUAUUUGUAUGAGUGAAUUAUAACUAAAAAUAUGGAAAAGUCUAAUAAAAUGUUCCAAUUCAUAAUUAGUACGUUAUAUAUUUUAUUUAGGAAUCAGCAUAUAUAAUUGAUAUUAUAGUGAUAUGUUUAGGAUAAGAAUAUGAAUUUAAAUUUGAUAUUUCCAAGUUAUCAUGCUUUAUGACUAUAUAAGAACUUAGUGAAUAGAUUAAUUUGAUAUUUUUUGAAUAAAGAAGUUAGAGUACAAUAAUAUAAAUAAUUAGACAGAACUUUAAGAUCCAUAAUUACAUAUUUUGAUAGGAAUAAUAAAAACUUAAAGACUUGA